AUCAACCUUAUGAUCUGAUUCUUUGAUAAUCUCUCAAUUCUAACGGUUAAUUUUCUGUUCAAUUCUCACAAUCUAAACUCUAUCCAAUCAGAAUAUACUAAUCAAUAUGUUUCUCUAGUGUCUCAACUAACCAAAUUAGUUUCCAAUUGUAGUGAUCGAUAAAUAAAUUUGUAACUUUUAGAGCCCAACAAAAAUUAACCUAAAUUCAUAUUCAAGUUCAACUUGGUGUUUCUCUCUCUCUCUCUCAUCAUCAUAUCAUCAUUUUCAUGUUUUACAUUUUCUCCCAUUGUAUAUCAAUGAAAAGGUUAACUUUUUUCUUUCUUUCUCUUGUGCAAACUUAUUGUUCUUUCACAUAAAAUAUAAUAAUAAUGGAAAAACCUUCAUUAUAAUAGUCAUUGAAUUCUGAGGGAAAAUUGUGACAUAUAUAUAUGAAGAAACUGCCAUUUCCUGAAUAAUCUGAUAUUCUCAUUGUGUCCAAACAGUUCAGUUGAAGAUUAUUCUCUCAGAGUCGACUCUUGAUUCGGGAGCAAAACCAUCUAAAUCACUGGGGAAUAUCUAGAAUAUACAAUAAAUCUCAAUUUCCAUCGAGAAGCAAAAAACCCUUUCAAUUGGUCAUUUAAUGCCGGACAAAUUUAUCGAUAUUCUUUCCUCAUUCUUUCCCACCAUGUUUCUUGUUUGUAAAUUUCACCAAUUCAAAAGACAACAACAGGAAUCGAAUAGGAAAAAGAUCACCGAGAAAGAGCUCUCCCAUCUUAACCAUAAAAUCGAUAAAUUGUUGAAUAAACUUGAAGAACAUGAUUCAGAAUUGGCUUCAACGCCUGACGAAGAGUGUGUCAUUUGCAUAAGUGCCAAAGCAACGAUGCAAACAUUUCCUUGUGGUCAUCGAGUUGUUUGUCGGAAAUGUUUCGUUAAAACGAUCCAAGUGGCCGUUAGCCAGCGGCUACUUCCCUUGAGGUGUGUCAUUUGUCGCGCGAAAAUAUUGAGAUUAAAGCAAACCAGCCAAGGAGGAAUCGACACUGGAACUGUAUUGAGAAGUCAUGUCGCUGCAGUGACCGCAGGUCAUCAUCAUCACCACCAUCAUAGGUCAUCUUCUUCCUCUUCACUCUCGUCAUCUUCAUCUUCAUCUUCAUCACCUUCCAGUAAAACUGUGAAAAUCUCACCAGUAACUACACCAAUUUCCAGUUCGACAUCUCUCAAUUCACCCUUAGGCAAUAAUCCAUUUUUUAUCUCACCAGCGACUAGUCCAGUUUCCCCGGUGACCGAAAUUUUUCGCGAACAACGAGCCGUUUGGGCUCGUAACUAUGACUCUUUCGGCUACGAGGUUACAGGUCAAAGCCCAAUCCCAAAUACACCGUCACCGAUUGUCAGUACACCAACAGUUGAGUCAAAAACUGACCUUAACCUUGGGUCAGGAUGUGUUCUUCAUAAACAUUGCUUCAAUAAACAUAACAAUUUGAACGGAAAUGAUGGCGGAAUCAAUAAUUCAGGUUCAGUACGAGGUUCACCAUCCACUCCAUCAUCAUCAUCAUCAUCAAAGACAUUUCUAAGUCCAUCAAUUACUCCAGCAACUUUAUCAUCUCCAUUAUCUACCUCAGGGUCAACCAAUAAUCUAUCACGGAAUCAACAAUCCUUGUCUUCACCAGUUUCCUUGACACCAACAACAUCAUCAUCUUUUACACCUCUCUGUCCAACAGCUCCCAAUCCAUGGCAAUUCCAGAUCAACCGGAAGAGACGCCAUCGAUUAGCUCAUCGACGGAGGAGAGGUCAUUAUGUGCCUUCCGGUCGACCUACUUCAUUACUAUUACCGAUCGAUGAGAAAGACGAAUGGCAUGAAGAUAAUAAUAACAACAGUUCCGAUCAUGAAAUUACUCGUCAGAAAAGUUCAUCCUUACAGAAUGAGAAAAGUUCAUCAUCAUAUGAUUACUAUUAUCGAUCAAAAAGGAAACAAUCAAGUGACAAUUGCGAUUAUGGGAAUGAUGAAGAUGAUAAUAUUCUCGAUGAUGAUGACGACGACAAUGAUGAUGAUGAUGAUGACGAAGAUGAAGAUGAAGAUGAGGAAGAUAAUGAUUGUAAUGAGAGUCAAUAUCUAAAUGCUCAGAGUGUCAAUGAAGAUAUGAAACAAGAAGAUAAAAGUAAAUCAUCCAAUUAUCAUGAAGUUAAUGAUGAUGAUAAUGAUGAGAAUAAGCUAAUCAAUGGAGGAUCAAUGAAUCUAAAUGAAAAUGAUUCCCGACGUGAUUCAAUGAAACACUUACUGGACACUUCACAAUCAGCCAAAUUGUCACCAAAUAAUCACAACUCCAAGCUUUCAAAUGCUUUUGCUAGAGCCAAAAAUUUGGUCCUCAAGGUGAUUCAAAUCUAAAUCGCGACAAAGAAUUAAUUUGAAACCAGAGAUGAUAAAACCAAUGGAGACAACGAUAAGAUCCUGUAAUGGAAAUUAACAAUUAACGAAUGAUUUUUAAUUCUUUCUGGUCCUUGUGCCAAUGAUUAACUUAAUUACUCUGAUAAAUUACUGUCAAAUAUCAUCAUUAUCACAGUAUCAUCAUAAUUUACAACAAACAAAACAAUAACAAUUAACUAAUCAAAACCUCCUGUAAAUGUAAACUGAAAAAUCAACUACAACUUUUGUCAACAAAAAUCAACUAAUCAAUUAAUUGGAGUAAUUCAAUUAAUAUAUUAAUCAAUAUAUAUAUAUCAACCUCUCAAUUAGAACCAAAUUAACAAACUUUAAUAAUAAUUAAAACAUAAUUAUUGUAUUAUUACAACAACGAAAACAA